AUGUUGGCUGUCCAGCGGGAGGCCGCGAGGGGCCUCUCGUGCCUGGCCCGGCGGAUGUUCGUGUCCAGCGCGGUGUCCGCCUCGGAGCUCGAGGGUGCCACAAAGACCUCUCAGCCCGCCCCAGAGGUGCAGCUGGCCGUGGAGGCCCUGCGCAAGCGCCUGGCAGAGGGUCCCGAUCUGGACACCUUCGUGCAGGGGCCCGACCUCACCGGCUACUCUGUCCAUGCCCCCGCACCAAAGGAGCGCGCGCGGAAGCCCGACUGGCUCAAGCGCGAGGUCCCCGGUGGUGCCAAGUACACGGCCAUCAAGGCCAAGCUGCGCGAGCUGAAGCUGGCCACGGUGUGCGAGGAGGCGCGCUGCCCCAACAUCGGCGAGUGCUGGGGCGGGGCGGACGGGCACACGGCCACCGCCACCAUCAUGCUCAUGGGUGACACCUGCACGCGCGGCUGCCGCUUCUGCGCGGUCAAGACCUCGCGUGCGCCGCCGCCGCUGGACCCCGACGAGCCGGCCAACACGGCGCGCGCGGUGGCGGCCUGGGGCAUCGACUACGUGGUGCUGACCUCGGUGGACCGGGACGACCUGCCCGACGGCGGGUCGGCCCACAUCGCCGCCACCAUUGCCAACCUGAAGCGGGAGACGGACGGCCGCCUGCUGGUGGAGGCCCUGGUCCCCGACUUCUCCGGCGACCAGGCCUGCGUGGACCGCGUGGCGGCCUCCGGCCUGGACGUCUUCGCGCACAACGUGGAGACGGUGCCCCGGCUGCAGCGACUGGUGCGCGACCGCCGUGCCAACUGGGAGCAGUCGCUGCGCGUGCUGCGCCGCGCCAAGGAGCGCGGUGUUCGCGUGACCAAGACCUCAAUCAUGCUGGGCUGCGGCGAGGCGCCGGACGAGGUGACCGCCGCGCUGCGCCUGCUGCGCGAGGCGGGCGUGGACGUGGUCACCCUGGGUCAGUACAUGCGGCCCACCAAGCGCCACAUGGCGGUGGCCGAGUACGUCACCCCCCAGGCCUUCCAGGCCUACCAGGACAUCGCGGAGGGCAUGGGCUUCCUGUACGUCGCCGCCGGGCCCAAGGUCAGGUCCUCCUACCGCGCGGGCGAGUUCUACCUCACCAAGCACCUCCAGGACGGCCAGAAGGCCGACGCGGCGGGGCAGGCGUGA